AAAGCCUCUCAGAGGAGGAGCAUGCACUUUGAGCAAAGGGCCCGCGGCAUGCAGAGCUGUGCAGGGGAGAGAUAGGUCGCUUCGAGUUUCAGAGACACGCACUGACUACAGACCUGCGGCAUUUAGUGGGGUAGCUCAGAGGAGAAGCAGUGAAUGAGACUAACGGAGCGGAACACAGAGGAAUAAGAGUCCGUUCCUGUGAAUCAUGAACAUCAUUGACCGACUGAUGACAGUGUAGGCUACAAAAUGGCUCGUAUUCUAACUUAGAACUAAUCACUCAUUUGGGUGCAGCAGGACAGUUUCGCGACAGUUUGAAGAAGGAAAAAGACCCUCUCAAAAGCUCCCCAGCGUUUAAGGUCGAUUGGGUUCCUCUUCUGCCCUUCUUUACCUGUUAGAUAAGGCUUUCCGUGUUGAUAAAACCAGAGGUGGAGGUGUAAAAUGGACAAGGUUCAGAAGUGGGGAGUCGCUGGUAAAACGGGUGAGGAGAGGAAAACUCACGGUGAGCAGCAGCAACCUUCCAAAACGCCGCUAUGGAAAAAUUGGAGAGAUUUGUCGGGCGUAACGAUUUGCAUCGUGGUAUGUGUUCUGUGCCUUGGAGUUUGCAUUGUGGAUCAUGUGCGGACCUCGGAGUUCCAAUCCAGGGUUCUAAGUCUGGAGCAGCAGCAGUUCUCCGCGUGGAUGGUGUCUCUAGAACAGGUGGAGCCCGUUAUCCUGGGCCGACUGGAGCAGAUCCUGGAGGAGAAGCUUGCAGCACGGCUUCCAAAAACACGGGAGAUGAGGGAGGCUCCCCACAACUGCCUGUGUCCCCCAGGACCCCCAGGUCCUCCUGGACGAGCAGGCUUUCCGGGUGACAGAGGAAGUAUGGGAAUUCCUGGGAGAAUGGGCUUUAAAGGACAAGCAGGGGAGAAGGGAGCACCGGGUGAGCCUGGUCUGUCAAUAAUUGGACCAAGAGGACCUCCUGGACAACCUGGAACCAGAGGAUUUCCAGGCUUUCCAGGUCCAAUAGGGUUGGAUGGCAAGCCUGGACAGAUUGGACCGAAGGGAGACCAGGGUCAGCGUGGUGCCAAAGGACUCACUGGGGAACCUGGACCCAAAGGGGAGAAGGGCAUAUGUGGAGACUAUACACACAGGAUGUUGCCCAUCACCGUGCGCAACAUGCCCUCAAUAAGCCCUCUAAUUCUAAAACGCCUCAAGCAGGGCGAGCCUGGAGCACAGGGACCCCCAGGACCACCAGGACCACCCGGACUCCCAGGGACCCCAGGCCUGAAUGGAGCCAGUGGCCCUCCGGGUAAGCCCGGUGAACCAGGCAAACCAGGAAAAGACCCCAGGCUUUUACCGGGACUGAAGGGUGAGCCAGGUGUGCCAGGACAAAAGGGAGAUCGAGGUGAUAUUGGUCCAAUAGGUCCUGAAGGCUUAAAGGGAGUUAAGGGAGACCAAGGAAUUAAGGGAGAUGAAGGAAAGAGGGGUUUCCCUGGAGAGAGGGGAGAGAAGGGCCAGGCUGGCAUCCCUGGAAAGAGGGGCUACAGGGGUGAGAAGGGAGAGCCAAGCAUUGCAGCCCAGGGAAUUAAAGGAGAACCAGGUUCACCAGGACUGCCAGGCCUAAUGGGACCCAAGGGUGACAUAGGUGACAAAGGAGACAAGGGGGAAGUAGGUCCUGAAGGCCCGGCUGGACCAAGAGGUCCUCCGGGUCCACCUGGGGAGCCAGGAAAGGCUGAAAUUCACAACAGUGAAAAUGAUAUUCGCAACUUACCCCUGAUGGGCCCCCCUGGAUUACCUGGACCUUCUGGGCCCCCUGGACUCCCUGGUGCCAAGGGUGAAGUUGGUCUACCUGGUCCUCCAGGAUUGGACGGAGAGAAGGGACCCCGGGGAAAGCCUGGAGAGCCUGGUCCUCCAGGCCCAGCUGGUCCCGAAGGUCCCAGAGGGGAGGGUGGUGUUAUGGGUUUCCCAGGACCCAAAGGAGACAAGGGAGACAUGGGUCCAUCUGGAUCACCUGGUUUAGAUGGCCCUACGGGUGAAAAAGGGGCUACAGGGGCCCCUGGCCCUAUUGGAUUACCUGGCUCAAUGGGUCCUAAAGGUGAACCUGGAGUAGGAGGAAGGUCAGAAAUGAUAUAUGGCCCUCCAGGGCCCCCAGGACCUCCAGGACCAGUUGGCCCAGCAGGAGCUCAAGGAUUUCCAGGGCCUAAGGGAGAACCAGGCAUAGGCAUCAGAGGAGAAAAGGGAGCGACAGGUCAGAAGGGUGACAAAGGAGACAGAGGCCAUCUUGGACUCCCUGGGGCUCAUGGGUUAGACGGCAGACCGGGUCCAGUGGGUCUAAUAGGACCAUCAGGUGUACCAGGGCCAGCAGGACCAAAGGGAGAGAGAGGUGAAAAGGGAGAUGUAGGAUUACCAGGACCAAUUGGGCCUCAAGGCAUCCCUGGUUUAGUAGGACCACAAGGACUCAAAGGGAACCGGGGAGAGAGGGGCAAGAAAGGCAACAGGGGGGCCAAAGGGGAUAAGGGAGACCAAGGAGCACCUGGAUUAGAUGCCCCCUGUCCGUUGGGAGACGAUGGCUUACCUGUACCAGGAUGUUGGAAUAAAGGUCAACAUCCUUUCCAACUGGCUAAGAAGUAAGGCUACUAAAGACUGUCUUCAUGAUGCCACAGAAAGGAAACUUGAAGACAUUUUGAGGUAUCUUUGAGUUUUUACCCAAACCUGGAGUUGGCAUUUCAACAUUUUUCCAGGAGGCUGAACACAGGGCCAGUAACGUCGGAGGCUCUGGUUGUAGUGGGAGAGCACAUUAACUUUGGUAACACUGGAAAGUGGAGACGUUGCACCAUCGUUGGUUUAGUUAUUGAGGCUCUAUGGACAGGACAACCAUCACAGCCACAGGGACACAACUGUAUAUACUGAUGUGUUUCUUUGACUGCAUACAGUUUGAUCUAUUUAUCUUGUAGUGAAAGUGAGGCAUGGACACUUUAGCACAUGCUAUUUGUUGGGUUUGAUGUAACAUCAAUACUUUAACUGUGAUACAGAAAUCAGAGCAGCUCACAGAGCAGGUAGAUGCCAUGUGUUUCCAAGAAAAACAAAAAAAACAAAAAAACAAAGGGAUACCCUCUUGAUGAUUCCUUCUUGAUAUUUUCUAAUUCACUGCCUUUUCAACAAUCCUUUUACAAGCAGCUAUGACAUUUUGUUAGAAUCAUUGUGCCAUAGAGGAAAUACUCUAAAACCAGCAUCUAACAUCAUGCCUGGUCACAUAUAUGAUAUUCUUUGCUUUUUCUAUUGAGGUGUUAAUGGACACCAUGAUCCAAUGCUGUACUGUAAGUAUUGUAACAUAUAAGACAAAGGAUUGUAUAGAAGUUCUCAGUCUUUGUAAAUAGAUUAAUUGAUGAAACAUGAUUUUACGUACAGAAUAAGCAUAAAGAUUCUCAGAGGGCAGUGUCCACGUGCUGAUUAGGUACGGAUGACUGACACUUGUAAGAGAGAAAAAACCCAUAAUUUAUCUAUCUGCAUGCAACACAUAUCCAGUCUCUAUCACAUGCAGAAAAAUAUAUUGCAUGCAAUAUAGUUGUUUUGUUUUUUUACUCAAAUAAUGUUAAAUUUGUCAAGUUUGUUUUUCAAAUGAUUUUAUUGUUUUGUAACUGUGAAUAUAAUUAGUUAAAAACAAAAACGUCACAGUCGGAAUAUGUUAACAGCUGUUACUGUACACGUAAAUGAUCGAAAAAAAUGCCCUCUGUCCGUGUGUCACACUUUCCUGUUUCACUGAAUAUCAAAUGUACAGAAGCAUUCCUUAUGUCAUACUGACAGCUGCCUUGUACACAGACCUGGGUCAAAAUGGUGUUUCAUUUUUAUUUAUUUUUUUGUUGUUGUUUUUCCAUUUUUUGAGUUGCAAGUGCACUGAGUGGGAUGCACCUAUUGUUCAUUUUUAAAUUUUUAAGUAAUUAUAGCUUUAUUAUUGUAAUUAUUAGAUCAAUUUUAUUUUUAAAAACAAACCUUUCAGCAACAAAAGCACAGUGAGCUCAAAGCACUGAAACUUCAGAAACAACAAGCAAAAACACAAACCACAAGCAAGACAGAACAUUUUCAUUAUUUUGUCUGCUAGCUUGUGUUUUGUCGAUUCGAUUAUCUAUUGUGUUUUGUUGAUUGAGUUGGAUUGUCUUUGUAUUUUGUCUGUUUACUUGACUGAUUUAGAGUGCUCUGAGCUCUCUCAGCCACCAUACGAAGUAAUUAGAACCAUGAUUCACAAUUAACAACAUCUGACCUGAUGAAAACGUUAAAGUAGAAUUUGUUCAUUUAUUUUGUUGUUUGAAGUUAGAAUCUCAAUAGCAAUUCUUUUGUCAGGCAAUGUGACUUUUACCAGAUAGUUUAUUUCAAAGAUACACUCCCUGACUUUUUACAGAAUUCAGCUGCCUUCUCUGUUCCACGCUCAUCCCGUCAUCUUUAAAACUUCAAGAGAAUGGAGAGGAAGGUUUGGGUUGUUGUUGGGUGCUGUAACAAAAUAAGGGACUGAAUCUUUAACAUUUUAUAUCUGAAAGUUUCUUUGUAGUAUCUGUUUUAACCUGCACAUUUCUAUUUUGCACAAAUAUGAAACUAACACAGUUAUGUUUAUAUAAACUAAGCAAGUUGUAACUAUGUUUUAUUUACUUGGUUUGCCAUGUCCUAUAGUCAUAUAUAGCCAAUAGAGUUGUAACAGUGUGCUCUUUAUACACUGAAAACUACAUUUUUGUGCAUGAAUUCGGGUUACAGAAUACACAUUUUAUGUGAGUAUAUAAGAAUAUACUGUAAGUUUUGAUCUAUGUUAGGUUGGGAACCAGAAAAUGUGUUGUUAGCAGCGCUUAAUCCAAACAAAGGCAUUAUUUGACUCAUUUUACAUGUGUGUACACAUGUUCUUGUACAUUUUGUAUCAGAGCUGUACAACAUGUAGUUGGUGUGAUGUGUUAAUGCCAGUCUGGACCCUUUGUAUUUGUUACUUCACUUGAUGAGUUCUUCAGGUAGGUCAUAAUGCACUCAGAUAUAAAAAUCCAGCUUUUUUUUUUUGGUUUCAAUAAGUUAUUUUAGUUUGACAGUAGUGACGUAUCCAUUUCCCUCACAUCAUUUUCAGUCACAACAGUGGUUGCUAGAAGCUUGUAUGUGAUUGCUUAGAUUUGAAAGUUUAGCUCAGCCUACUUCCUCAGUCUUUUUUUGUAUGUUGCUCCCAGCAACUGCUGUUCCAGCUAACAGUAGCCCUGGUUUAAGCCUCUUAAAUAGGGCUGUUGUUAAUGUAAGCAUGAGAUAGUUUGAAAGAUGGAUUUAGUGGCAGAAAGAACAACACAUGAGCCUGUCGAUUACUGCGCUAUAUUCAGAGCUGAAUGAGAUAUUCGGGUCUGAUGAACAGUAAUGGUAGCUAUGAUGAACAGCAUCUAUACAGCUAUGCACUGACACUCCCCCAGAGACACACACAUAGCAGUGUCUGGCAGUAUAGCUGCAAGCCAUCUCGUAAAACAAUACUUUAGUAGUAGAUGCGAUUUAUUAAAUCAAUGUACUAUGUUCAAACAGGUCCUCAAAAAGUAGACUAAAAGUAACAAAUGUGAAGUGUUAAUUACUAUUAAAGUGCCAUAUCAGGAAUCACACAAAUGACAAAUAUUUGCUGUGAAGCACUCUGUUUAAUCUCUUCACACAAAACAAAACAAACAAUUUUCAGAAGCAUUGUCUGGCAUGGCUGCUGGCCUGCGGUACAGCUGUGCCGCUGGAAUCCAGGGUUAGUUAACUGGCUGAAACUGAAUUGAUUUGGCUUGGGUGUAGUCUGCAUCGUGUGUGUGUGUGUGUGUGUGUGUGUGUAUGUGUGAGCAAUUGCCAGUUUGUGAGAUUAGCUUAAUAUAGAAAGUAUGCAUAACUAUGUAUCAGUCAACGUAGUGAGAGGUGUAUACCCCAAUUUAAGAGAGUAAAAGUACAUGUAUUACUUUCUACACUGGAACAGCUUAGCGUGCAUUAUUGUGCUUAUAUCACUGUAAGGACAUUGUGCAACUCAUCUUCAGCGUGUAGUCAGUUCGUUUGCUCAGGUAGUUACAGUUAGUCAGUCUCACUAACUAAACAAAUGCAUCAGUAACAAAACCAUUGUUUUCCUAUGGUAUGUUGUACCUGGCUCGUGCUCCUCUCUUGCAUCACGUCAGUUUUUCUGGCGUUUUUUAGACACCCAUAAAUGUUAGAAAUAAUCUCAACUUUUCAGCGCAAGGCGUGGUUGCACUGCUCAUCAGUGUCACACUUGGCCCAGGCAGCCAAUCAAAUCAAGCAAGAGCCAGGCUUUACUAACUCACCUCACACCAUCUUUUCUUCCUGUUUUGAUGUCAGUAAUUGUAGUAAGCACAUCAGGAUGAUGACAAAUUCAGAGUGGUAUUUCAAUACACUGAACUUUAUAAUUCAAGGUCAUCCCAGUAUUAGGUGAUUAUUGGUGAACGCAUGCACAUAGUAACAUGAGCAGCCGGGCAAAUUUCUCCGCUGAUAAUGCUGUUUACUAUGCUAGUAAAUAGGCUAGCUAGCUAGUUAGCUAGUUGUGAGAGAGAAGGGGGAAUGCAUAUCUCAUGUUGUGUUAGUUUUGUGUAGGAGAGAGAGAGAGAGAGAGAGAGAGAGAGAGAGAGAGAGAGAGAGAGAGAGAGCACUGCUUGAAUCUAUUUUUUUUCCCACAUUUCAUGAUCAGGUUGCAUACGCAGUCCUACUCUAUAGGCGCACCAUGCUGCUUUGCCUAAUACGUUUUGCCAAGGGGUUUUUGAAGUAGCUGUGCCUUUAGCCACAUCUCCAUGUGGCCUAAUCAGAGCCUGACACUGCAGUUCCACUGCAUGGCUUAGCUCUGCUCAAGCCAACUCACUUUUGGUACCAAGUCCUUUCUUCUGUUUUGUUUAUUAUUGUGUAUAUGUGAGUUUUUAGUUUUUGGGCUGCCUUUAAAAAAUCUGUGUCAAUUGAACAACAAAAAAAAUUGCUGUUGCUUGACUAUUUAAGGGGCCGUGCACAUGCUAUGUUUUUUGCGCCACCUAAUUAAUUGUUUUCACAGCAGCACAGCAGAUGCACUCAAACGUCAGAGCAAUGGCGUCCUGGCGCGCACGGUUUCCCAAGUGCCUAUUUUUCAGGGCUUAGCGGCUGCACCCUGCAAUAAACAGAGUUCAACUUUUGUAACACAGCAGCAUGCACUGCAUGUCAUCUAGCAAGGAACAACCAAUCACAGUUGGCAUCUUUCCCUUUUCUGUAACUAUCUGUCUGUAGUAAAUAUGGAGAAGAUGUUGAUCAUUUUAGUGCAGGGCUGCCAGAGCUUUACAUCUGUCCCACAGACAGUAGGCCUACACACAAA